CUGAGUGAACUGCGAUGGCGGGCGGUGGUCUUUGGGCGCUCCCGACCCAGCCGGGCGUUCUCCCCUUAGGCUCCUCCUGAGGAGAAUGGAGGACUGGUGUGAGGUGGGAGCGGAGGGAUCCGAGCGGCCGGGGUUGCGGGGCGGUGAGGCGGCCCUGCGCGUGCGGGAGCGCGGCGGCUGCGCGGGCUGAGGGGUCGCGGCCGCCCCGGCCCUGCGUGGGAGCCGCCGCCGGCAGGUCUUUACAUUCUGUCGCCUGUCCCCGAGGAACUGAAGUCUCUUAUCCUUGAGGUGGCAAAAAAAAAAAAAAAAAAAAAAAAGCCCCGAGCGCAGGGUUGAAAACACCGGAGCCACGUGCCCUUCGAGGCGCCAUUCAUUGGGAUCCUCGGGAACACCAGCGCCGGAGUGAGACUGGACAUCUGCCCUGGCCAAGCUCAGGUGUUCUGUGUCUGAUGGCCAGGGCUGCCUGGAGACCUGAGGAGACCUGCUGACUUCCCUGCUGGGCUGCUGAAUGCAAGCACUGACUAUGCCAGUAUUUGAAAGAAAACAUGAUGUGGAGUUGUGAUUCAGAGAGCUGCAGAUGUUGCUUGGAAGGGACAUCUGGAGGGAGGUCAUCUUAGUCCAGCCUCCCACUCAGAGCAGGACUGUUGCCAACACUAGCUGAGAGGUAUGGAGAACUUGGUAGCUGGCUCCAAUCUUCCUCCACUUUUUACAGAUGAAGAUGGAUCCAAGGAAGGUGGUGAAAUCAAUGUAACUGGAUUAGCUAAUUCGGAGAGUUCAUUCAGUGGUGGAACUUCACAGCCUGUGAAUAACCCAGAUUUGGUGGAGGACUUGUCACAGGCUCAGCAGCUGCAAAAUGAGUCCUCUAAUGCUGCUGAAACCACUGAGCAGAAGCCUGAGGAGGAGCAGCAAAGGACCAAACGAGGAGGCUGGGCCAAAGGGAGGAAGAGGAAGAAACCCCUCAGGGACAGCAAUGCCCCCAAAUCCCCCCUCACAGGGUACGUGCGGUUCAUGAACGAGCGUCGGGAGCAGCUCCGAGCCAAGAGGCCUGAAGUGCCUUUCCCAGAGAUCACCAGGAUGCUGGGCAAUGAAUGGAGUAAACUGCCUCCUGAGGAGAAACGGCGCUACCUGGAUGAAGCAGACAGGGAUAAGGAGCGUUACAUGCGGGAGCUGGAGCAGUACCAGAAGACUGAAGCCUACAAAGUCUUCAGCAGGAAAGCCCAGGACAGACAAAAAGGCAAAUCCCACAGACAAGAUGGAGCAAGACAGCCAGCUCAUGAUCAUGAGAAAGAAGCAGAUACAAAGGAGAGAUCUGUCUUUGACAUUCCAAUCUUUACAGAAGAGUUCCUGAAUCAUAGUAAAGCCCGGGAAGCUGAGCUGCGGCAGCUGCGGAAAUCCAACAUGGAGUUCGAGGAGAGGAACGCUGCCCUGCAGAAGCACGUGGAGAGCAUGAGAACUGCCGUGGAGAAGCUGGAGGUGGAUGUGAUCCAGGAGCGCAGCCGCAACACGGUGCUGCAGCAGCACCUCGAGACCCUGCGCCAGGCACUCACCACCAGCUUCGCUGGGGUCCCACUGCCAGGUAGCGGGGAAACACCCACGAUGGAGACUAUUGACUCCUAUAUGAACAGACUGCACAGUAUUAUUCUGGCAAACCCACAGGAGAACGAGAACCUCAUCGCCACCGUCCGGGACGUGGUGAACAGGCUGGAGCGCUAGUGACUGGGUCUCCUGACCCGGGGAAGCUUUACAAAUUUUUUUUGGCCAGUGUGGAAUAAGAAGCCAUGAGGGAAAGACUAGGGUGGGAGGGAGGAUGGCAGGUUUGGCCUGGGCCCUUCCCGUGUGGUUUGUCAGGGAGACAAACAGAUCAAUGCAUUAAAAGGUCUUAAGAAGCCACGGACACCGCCCACUAAACACUUGGAACUGUCCUCUGUGUGAACAUUUACGAGCAUGCAACUUUUGUGCAAUCUACAUUUUCGAUGAGUUUUGCUGGGUGUGAGGGUGCCUGCGUUCUGUGGACUGGCUGGCUGUGGAGAUGAAAUCUCAGCUCGUGAAAUGAAGUCAGCGUACGUGUCGUAGUAAUAACUUCGAUGUGUUAUAUUGCCUGAUGUCUUCUAGUGUCUUUUUUGUUUUGUUUUCAUGUUUAUCCUGUGGGGUUACCUUCCUUUACUUGUUUUCUUCUUUUGAUCUGGUUCACUGAUUCUUGCAGUCCUGGAUAGCAGCACUUGUGCUCUCUGCUGUAACAGGGAGUCUUCCUUGGUACACUGUCUUGUCCUAUGCUGCCUGCUAUGUUUAUAUAAGCUUUUCCUAAGCAGAAUCCUGGGGUUUUUUUGUGUUAGCCUGCAAUUUCUACAAAGUGAGUUUGCUCCCUGCUAGGGGCUGGCUGUGGCUGAUGCUUUGUGACUUGAUUCUACUAUGAGACAGACUUCCUCUCUCCUCCUCCUCUCUGAGCACCUCUCUUGCACAUGGCAUCCUGCUCUUCUGUGAAAGUCUCCUGUUAUCUCUUGAAAAUGUUUGCAGAGCAUUUUACUAUCACAAAGGUCAGUGGAAAUCAAGAUAGAAAGUGCAAUGUUAGUUCUUCUCAGCAGGGAUAAAUAGGAUUCUCUGUUUUAGUCUAAAACCACAAAGCUUGCCCUUCCUCUGAUACAUGGCUCAGUCUAAUUUAAUGUUACUGCCUUGUUCUUGAGAAAAUGAUCUCAUGGGGAGAACAGUUCUCUCUAAAAAGAGAAAUGAGCAGGUGGAUUGCAUUUUUUUUUUAUUUCUCUGCCCUCCUGAAAUCAGUGCUGGGAAGCCAGGUGCCUGGAAGCAGCACAUAUAUUUUUGCAUGAAUUAUUAGAGCAGAGAAAGCUAUUAGCAGCUAGGUCCACAUAGCAGCCCACAGAAUUCUGCAUUCCAGCCUGUAUGUGCUCUCACCUUUUGUACAGUUCAAGUACAGCCCGUGGAGCCUGCAGCAUUCAGCAUUUCAUGUUCCAGUGUGACCUAAAUGGCCUUUGAGUUGCAUCAAGUAGAGCUCUGCAUGCCUGAGUCUGGAACCUUGCUGAGCUACACCACACCUCCUGUGAAAGUUGAAGGCACCCACUGUCUGCACUGACUUAUGCAAAACAUUUGCUGCCCUUUGGUUCCUGUCAAACUGUUGGUUUGGCUCAGCACUUGUUGGACAUCUCUGGGCUUUAUGGUAGUGGUUGAAAUUCUCUUUCUUCCACGUGACAAUCUCUUUGCUUCUGCAUUAGACGUCUUUUAAAAUUCCCUUUGUAAAUUGGAGGUUGCUUUCGUUGCUGGAGUGUGUUGCAGUCAGCUUUAAUGUAUCUGUGACACAAAUAUUGUGAAGAUUAAAAAGCAGUUUCUUCUUUUCCUGUGCUGUACACGUGGACUUCAUGCUGGCCUGAAGCCAUCUCCAGGUCAACAUAUUGUAUACCCUGGUCUCUGCUGACUCCUGGGCUUAUUGCUGUAGCCAAGCAGCAGGGAUUUUCCAGGUAAAUUCAAGUCUUCCUUCAGGGAGGAAACUCCUUUCUGUGUCUUCUGUUUGCUUUCAAGACUUCACAAAAAGGAGCCUCAGUUUGUUGCAUUGACCUCUGCUUUCUGUAACAUAGAUGAGACCAGCUGAUGUUGACAUGAGUGGGUUCUCUAAUGAAUGUUGUAAAUCCUACAGGUUGUUAAUGUCUCCAGAAGAAGCACCAAUACCUUAAUCUCCUGUGCGUAUCUUGUUUUUUUAGAACUGGUGAUGUUUGACUAUUGUAGAAAGUGGCCAAAGUGCACUGCAUAGCCAAAAGCUGAUUUACAAAACCCUGAAGUCUGUGGCUUCCUCCCUAAUUCCUGGAGUUGUAUCCCAUAAAGACUCCAGAAAUUCCAUGUGAGGUGAUGGAAGGAUGCAAUUCCAGGCUGUAACACAUCCAUGCUGUCAAUAAGGGGUGCUGGCUGCAGAAUCCCAGGGCAGCUCUUGGCUCGUGGCACAUUAUUGCUCAGCCAUCACUCUGCUGAGCAGCAUGCAAGUGUUACGGGAUAGAAAAUUUAAGGUGAUAUCAGCUGGGGCUGACAAACCUCUUGCUUUUUCCCACAAGGAAGGAAGGGAGUUGGAUUAUCCAUCCUGAGGCAUCUGGGGGAAAACUAAGUUCUUGUUCACUGGUGCUGUGACAGAUGAUGUUUUGUCUCAUCAAGAAGCUUCUUAUUUACAUUGAUUAACCCUAUAAAAUGGAUUUUCUUUCCAGUGUUUUCAGAGUGUCACUUCAGUUUACAUUUUUCAGUGUUGACUGAUUAGAAAAAGGAAGUAAAAAAUGAAGUGUGUGUCAAGGAGAAGAGUGGAAUAAAAUACUUUUGUCACUCAAAGAAAUGUUAAGAGAAAUAUAUGAAAACAGAAUCCAUUUGCUGGAUUAAUGUGUUCGGAAUUGUUGAGAUGCCAAGUUUUCUGUACAAUGUUUUUGUAAUUAAAUUUUGGAGCUCCUUUGUUUUUAAGAAGUUGAUGUUGUUGUUUGACACUUGCUUCAUUAAAAUUGUUCAACGUUGAA